UGGAGUUAAUGAAUUUGCCAUCUUCACCCAUUUGAGCAAAAAGAAAGUAGUAGAGUCAGUGAUUCUUCGUUAUAUCCUCACUUACCAGAUUUUGUCGAAGCUUCUUAUAGUACACAAUGACGCUCAGGAAACUUCUAUUAUCUGCCAAUAUCGGAAAGUCCGAACAAACUUUCCGUUUAAUAUUUAGUAACUUACCUAUUGCCGAGGUUUCUCAUUUUUCUUCCGGCAGCCCCACGUCCAUCUCCACCAGUUACCGGAAUUUCUCCCACUUUGCGGAUGACUCAGUAAUUUCUAAAAGGUUAGAGGAUAAUUGUAGAAAUGGUUAUCAAGAAUUUAUGCAUUGGAAAAAUGGAGGAGGAACAUUCCAUAGGUCAGCAUCCAUUGCUGAAACAGCUGUGAUUGAAUAUGGAGCCAUAAUUCAUCCCGAAGCUGUUAUUGGUGAAAAUGCUCAUAUAGCAUCAGGUACUAUAAUUGGACCUGCAGUUACUGUGGGACGAUCCACCAAGACAGGGUAUAAUGUUGUCUUGAGUAAUUGUGUGAUAGGUGAUUCAUGUGUUAUACACAAUGGAGUCUGCAUUGGUCAAGAUGGAUUUGGUUUUUUCUUGGAUGAGCAUGGAGAGAUGGUGAAGAAACCUCAGAUGCUGAAAGCAAUGGUAGGGAAUCAUGUUGAGAUAGGGGCAAAUUCAUGUAUUGACAGGGGCAGUUGGAGAGACACGGCCAUAGGAGAUCAUACAAAAAUAGAUAAUUUAGUUCAGAUUGGGCACAAUGUAAUUAUAGGGAAAUAUUGCAUGCUUUGUGGGCAAGUUGGUAUUGCAGGUUCAGCAAUGAUCGGUGACUAUGUAACUUUUGGUGGAAGAGUAGCAGUUCGUGAUCAUGUCUCAAUUGUAUCAAAGGUAAGGUUAGCGGCGAAUAGCUGUGUAACGAAGAACAUCAGUGAAGAGGGCGACUAUGGUGGCUUCCCUGCUGUCCCAAUCAAGGAGUGGAGAAGACAAGUUGCCAGGCAAAGACAACUAGGAAGUUCACAUCAUCAAAACAAGUGAAAAUUGAUCUUCUUAUUUGGCCCCAACUCCCAAGCAUGCAAUGACAGUACUGAAACGUGAAAGCCUUUCUCCUUCCAAACGAAGCAUGCCCUCACUUUAGUUUCAACUUUGACCCAAUUUGGUAUAUGUAGUGACUUCUAAGGUUCCAUUCUUCAACUCUUUCUAUUUUUUAUUUUAAUUUAUAAAGCUACUGUUUUUAGUGAGAAUCGAACUUUUGUUAAGCAAAACUCUUAUAAUUUGAAUUGCUUCAACUCUUUUCUUUAUUAUUAUUUGCUUUGAUGUUUUGUAACCAUUAAUAAAGUUGCUGCAGUACUUGUGAUUUCUUUAGAGUUCUUAUAGUCCCACCCAAUAAUGAUUGCUAAUUAAUAUUUUCAUCCC